CAUUUUUUAAAAAAUUCAAAUUUCCCGCCGAUUCCGGCGCCCGUACGUCCCGACGUCGCAGGGACCGGAACACAGAAGCCGGAUGCAGGCAUCAGCCGGAGGAGAUGGCUGGGGACACUGCAGGGGACACAUCGUGGGAGCGAAGGACAAGGUAAGUGAAGAACACUUGCCGGAGCAGUGCCUCAGGGUAAGCCCGAGUGUAGCUCGGGGUUACCGCUUUUGGUACUGAAAUGUUACCCCGAGCUACACUCGGGAAUACCGCCAGGGAGGUUAAA